AUGCUUACUAGAUGUACAGCAGCAUUUUUGCUGCGAAGGUACAGCACCACAAACAACUCAUCGAAAUUGGCCGAAACGAUUGCCUCAUCCAUCGAAGGGGUGAAUAAAGCGAACAUUGCCACACUGCUCGCUACCGUUCCCGAGCUUACAAAAUACACUCCCGAGCAAUGGCAUCGUACAGUGCGCCUUCUCAGCACGGAAGGAUUGGAGCAGGAAAAAAUGCUUACCAUUAUCGGUGGCCACCCGAGCAUACUGGUACGCCCGGUGGAAAAGAUCGCCGAAAGUCUGCACUGUUGGCGAUCGUGCCAAUUUGGUGAUGCAAACAUGAAGGUGCUUGUGUCGGCUCACCCAUACUUGCUGGAUUACACCAACCACAGUCAGCUGGCACAGCGAGUCGCAUUUCUUCAUUCGCACUUUGAGACACGCAAAAAUGUGUAUCGCUUGUUUCUGAACGCUCCGAACCUAGUGGUGGAUGAUCAGCACACAACGGAAGCGAAGAUUGUCUAUCUGAUGGAGACGAUGCGGCACGAUGUGCUGGAGGUCGUUAAAUCGUGUGCCUUCGCCCAUGACCUGGAACAUUUGCGCUGUCGGCAUACGUUUCUGGAGCGGUUGGGAUUGUUUAAGCCACGUUCGCUGAAGGCGGAUAAAAGUACACCGACCGGUAAUCCACCGGUCCAUCAGAUUACUGAUACGAGCGAUAAGCGGUUUGCGGUGAAAGUGGCCUACGUUACGCUGGAAGAGUAUGAAGUGUUUCAGGAGCUGUACCGGCGUGAACUCUGCCAGGAGGAUGAGCUGGAGUAUGGGGAGGACGAUGAGUUUGAUCCGGAAGAAGAAUUGGAAAGUAACGUUGGUAGAAAUGCGUAUCGGAAGAAGGGUCGGUAA